GAACUUUCAACAUCAACUACAGGUAGUGAGCCGCGCUCAAUUGCCGCUCGCCUGCGACCAACUUCAAGAGAGCUCUGCGAGCCGUGCCGCAGGAUUUCCCUCAUCAUGGCUACUCAACAGACUCUGCUGUCCCCGGCGGAGCUGGCCUACCUCCACAGCUCUCUUGCCCUGCGCCCACCGAUCCGUCCCGACGGCCGUGCGCCGACACAAUUCCGUCCACUCACAGGAGAGACGGGUAUCCUGCCCGGCACCAACGGCAGCGCGCGAGUAUGCUUCUCGGAUGGCACAGAGGCGAUUGUGGGAGUCAAGGCGGAGAUCGAGAAGACGGCCGGCGCGUUGACGAGCGAGGAGCUUGAGGGAGGGGAUGUGCAGCGGGGCGGCGCCAACGGCGACGAGGAGAAGGUGAAGGCGAGGGGCGACUGGCUGGAGAUGACGGUCGAGAUCCCGGGGCAGCGUGACGACGACGCGGCGACGGUGUUCCUGGCGGAGAUGCUGCGCGAGGCACUCCUGGCAGAUGGCGAGUUUGUCAAGAAAUUGUGGAUCAACAGGCGAUUCCACUGGCGGUUAUACCUCGACGUCCUGUUGAUAUCGCCGCCACUGUCAUACCCUCUGCCUCUCCUCUCGCUCACCACACACCUAGCACUUCUGGCGACCAGGCUACCGCGAUUAAAAUCCGAGGGCGACGAGGACCCUAUGUUCGACGACGACUGGGAGGCGUCCACGUUCCUGUAUCCCCGUGAAGUGGCCGUCGCAGGGUCCCGCCCCCCCAUCACGCUUCUGGUGGUGGCCGUGGGCGACAAUAUCAUCUUCGACCCGGCGAAGGAGGAGCUCGCUGUUGCGGAGUCGGCCCUCGCCGUGUCCGUGGCGGAGGUUCGGGGUGAGAAGGGACAGGGCGACAUGGACGUCGACUCAGGCCGCGAGCUACGAUUACUGUCCAUGCGGACUGUCGACCCACCCUCCAGGUUAACGCCGCCAGGUGUGCCCAAUUCCGCAAACGUGGCGGGCACCGGGGCGUCGCAACCCAAGCCACAGAUCAAGUUCGACGGACGGCCCGAGGAGGGGGUGUGGAAGGCGCCGCUGGGUGGCACAAAGUUUGCGGUUUUGGAAAGCAUCAUACGAGCGGUGUUGGAAAAGGGUGGCGUGGCACACGAGGUCCUGGACGGCUUGGAUGGCGUCGACCUGGCAUAGAGUUCACGUUGGAAUUCGGAGCUUGAGGGGAAUUGUUUGAGCUCAUCAUUCGGGGAGCAUGCUGAGAUCAAUUUUGUUAUUAUGAUACAGGCGAAUUCUGCUGGGUCAAGAUUCUCCAGCACCGCACGUCUGCUCCUACGAUAUCCUCCUACAAUAUACCAAACCACUUCUUCCGCUG